CCACGUUUUGUAUAUAAACUGAUAUAGUCUAUUUAGAUUCUAGGGCGGCAGCGCCAUAUUGAGGACGAUAUCAUGACGAUUUUUACAGUUUGGUUGAUCCUUGCAACGGUAAUAACAAGAGUUGUAGCAGUUCCACGUUUAUCUACAACUUCAGCUACAACUACACCCACUGUCACUGUCGAUCCAUGUCAGUCUUGCCACAAAAAUGCUGUCUGUCCUCAGAACGUUUGCCAAUGUAAGAGAGGAUUCGUUGGGAAUGGCUUCUACUGCGAAAUCAAUGAAUGUAUGUCACGGAACAAUCCAUGCGAUUUAAAUGCAGACUGCUAUAAAUCUGUUGGGUCCUACAACUGUCUGUGUCGACCUGGCUUCGAGGGAGACGGAUUUACCUGCAGGCCUUCAGUUCAACCGCCAAACCCAAAUCCGGGUAUACAACGUUCCUCUGACACUAUGAUGAGAGGAACUAGCUACCGGUCAAUUCAACACGAGCUUAUUCCGCUUCUCCGCCCAGACCCAUCGCCGACGCCUUAUCCAACGACAGUAUCUACAUAUUCAACAACUGGGAACCCAACCUCUACAACUACAGCUAAGUUUCCAACCUCUACAACCACAACUGGGAAGCCAACCACUACAACCAACAUAUGGCCACCCUAACUUUAAGAACGACUGAAACAGCAAGGAUCACAGAUAAAUCUUCCGCAUGAAAGUCUUGACAGCUUUGACUGAAAACGCUCGAAUCAUAAAGCAGUGAAAUCAUCGUUUAAAGAUUUGAAACUGGAAAAAUAAUCAAGAAAGUUUUAUUGAAAUAUUGUAGCAAAAUGAAAAUACAAGUAUUAAGAUAUAGUAUAUAACAAUCAUUAUCAACUUAGCUUACAUGCAGCUGUUAAUCAAAUUUUCAUCAAAAGAAACUAUUUCUGAUACGUCAGUGUAUGGUAUAAUAUAAAAUGUAUCAAUACCUAGAGGAAUUUCGUGUUGGGAUUGUGAUCUUUAAAUAGUAAUAACUAAUCACUAUAUGCUACAAAAUACAUAUGUAGAGGAUAUUGAUUUUUUUCCCCAUUUAAUAUAACAUACAUUUCACGAGUAUGACAGAAUAUCGAUAUAUUCUGUCAUACGAGUGAAAGAUAUGUUAUAGUAAACGGGAAACGAUUCAAUUUUCUUUUGAUUGCAUUUUAUAUACCUAAAAACAAAAUUUAAAAAAACGAAAAAUUGAGUGUCAAAAAGAGUGGGAUUUCAGUGGAAAUAUAAGUUUUAUUAGUUUGAUAUCUUUCUGUAUUUCACUGGCAAAAAUGCAAUAAAGUAUUUUAUUACAACAA